GUUGGCAAAGCGUCAAAUCAACAACUAAAACAACUGAUCCCAGAAAAGUCGGCGGUUCUAAAAAGAAACGUUUAGCACCACAACCACCCUGUGUCAGAAAAGAGGGGUUAGCUGCGACAACAACCCGAGAGUUGAAAACAUCAGUACUAAAAGCAAAACGAACUGGUGAACACAUGGUGGAGGUCGAUGAUAAAUUACAACACCAACAAUUACAACUUCAGUUUCCAGCGAAAGAGAGCCAAGAUCACAAAGAAUUCAUUGAAAAUCUUUUUGCGGAGGCAACCACAAAUUCAAACAAUUUUACAUCUGAAGUAACAGAGACAAGUGUGGAUGUUGAGAUAAGACCUACAACAACAGCUACGGGUGCAACAACAAAUGAACAAAACCCGCCACUAUCGCCGAACAGUACCAGUGUUGUAACGGCACCUCUUGCAGAUUCCCCCGGCGAUCUAUGCCCCAAUUCCACUGCAACAGAUAAUGACGAUGAAUUCCUGGACGGCGAGGACGAUGACGAUGAUGUAGAUAGUUCGGCAACAGCAACAUCAACGACUACCAAAAAGACAAAUAAAAAUCUAACGCACAAUAAAUCACUAUCCUACACGGCAGUCCAGUUGCCAACCAACCUGGAACAGCAUCUAUUGGCGGCAGCAGCAGCAGCCAAUGCGAAUGCAAUCCAAGCGAAAAAACAACGACCCCUCAGUGAAAUAAGCAUCGCUUCCGGCGAUACCUCGGGAAUUCUCUCGCCAACAACGGCUCGGGCCAUAUACGAAUUACGUAAGCGCCACCAAGCGGACAAGUUAUCGCUGCUGUCAGUGGCCAAAACAAGCUAUUUGGAAAUUGUGCCAACCGAAUUGCCCACAGAAUCCAGUCCGGAGAGUACCGAUGAACAAAUGGCCAUGCACUUGGGCAAGAAGCUGGCGCAGGUAUUGAGUGGCAAUUCAGCUGGUGCUGGAGGUGUCACCAAUGCUGCCGGUGUUGGGACGGGCGUAAAUACCAAUAGUGCUGGCACUCCUGGUUCGCCGCUGCCUGAUAAUGGAAAUUAUUUCAUUGCUGCAACAACGCCAACAACAACCGCCACCAAUGAACUCUUCAACAUUGCCAAAGCAAAGAAGAUUGAAUUGCCAAGUUUGUCGUCACGUUUGGUGGCAAGUGCCGCUCCGUCGCUCGACAGUCAUGGCAUGCAGUCAACAACAGCUUCAACGGAUGCCAAACAUUUGCCAAGUUUACACUCGUCCUCGUCGACACCCUCGCUGUCGUCACUCCACUCGUCGAACACAACGCAAAUAGGUGGCCUUGCUGCAACCGGCACUCCAACCCAUUCCACAGAAACGCAAUCAACCGUUAUAAUUUCAUUUAAAUCAUCCCAAACACCUGUUCUAUCUCAAACAGCGUUUCCAGGUGUCAAUGCACCGCCCACGCCGCCCGACGACACGACAUUCUCCCAUGAACUGCCGCCAACGCCAUCGAACAAUAACGAUAAUGCCGAGCCAACAACAAUGCCAGCGACGGUGUCUCUAUCGAGUAGCAUUAUUGGGGCAACAAGCCAAAUGGGAUCGCCUCUGCCGCCGUGCACGCCACGCAACAAUGUCCUCAAAAAAGUGGCCUCGUUUACGGCGGAAAAGGCUGCGGCUGGCAGUGCCAGCAAAAUCAAUAACGGCGAUAGCUACUGUGGCAUGGCGGGACCAUACGAAAGUAACGGCUUGAGACGUUCAUCAUUUGUGCCCGAGAAGUUAAGCUUCGCUGCAUAUGAAAAGUUUGAAGGUCAAAUGCUCAUGAAAUGGUUCAUAUCCUCGUUACAGAACGGCAACGGCAAUGGCCAUCUCAGCGAACAGGACAUCAACACGCUGACACUGCAGUACUGCAACAAUUUAAUCAAUGUGGGCGUGCUCAAGCAAAUAUCGGAGCGGCGGGAUGCCGAUUUGGAUGCGUUCAGCCCCUUCCACAUGUACCAAUGGACACACACCGAGGCUCCAACAACAUCCCAACCACAUACUCCCGGAAAACUGGAUAAGGUCAAUGUGUGGCCCUACUGCAGCACACCGGCUGGCAUUACUCGUGUGCCGAAGAGCAUUCAAGUGGACUCGCCGCAACCCGAAAGAGAAACAGGAUUUCAACAGCUCUUGAGAAAGAGACUUUUGAGCUGUUCAACAAUUGCCGAGGUGCAUGCGGUCGUAAAUGAUCUCUUGGCUGCGGGUGAACCGCUACGAAAACCCUCUAAACGAUGCAUUCAAUUAACGGAACUUUUAAACGCCAGUGAAACAACGGUAUAUCAAUACGACAAAAAUGUCAGCGAAGGUAGUUCGGGCAUUGAAAUGGGUAGCUUACAGGAUGUCGGUGUUCAAACCGAAGAAUUAGAACAACAUCCGGUUCACUUGUUAUGUAGCAAAUGUAGAAAAGAUGCAGCUGAAGAUAUGUUAACCUGCGAAAAAGAAACUCAAGUUUCGCUCCCACAAUCCGGAGAUACUGAAAAGGCCAGUACAAAAACUGAGUCUGGUCCUGUAUCUACUCCGCCGCCUCCACCCCCGCCACCACCACCACUCAUGUCACCAGCAACACCAACACCACCUCCUCCACCACCACCGCCACCAGGAUCAUCCCUACCACCCCCUCCUCCUCCACCUCUUCCACUUAGCGGCUCUGGUCUGCCUCCUCCACCGCCACCACCAGCUCCUCCCUGCCUUAAUUCAACAAUUCCCAGCUCUAACAAUCACAAUACAUCGGCCGGUGGUACUCCCCCACCACCUCCGCCAGGUCCACCCAAAACUCCAUCCACACCUGCUCCAUUGCCCAACCCGACCGAGGGAGGCUGGUUCAAUCAAGCCAACAUAAUUCCUCCAACUGCCCAUCAUUUAGCGCUACGAAAGACUGCCGUUAAUCCACCCAAACCUAUGAAACCUCUCUACUGGACGCGUAUUGUAACCCAACCGCCACCACCCAAACCAGCCCAGCCAUUUGCUAGUUCCGCCUCCGAUGAGACAGACUCAAGUCCCUCCAGUUCUCCUGAUGAUCCACCGUCUGCCGCCAAGGCCCAAGCCACCAAAGAGAUCUGGCAAGAAAUCGACGAAACAAGCCUGGACAAUAUUGACGAAUUCACCGAACUAUUUUCACGCGAAGCUGUUGUGCCCGUCAGCAGGCCAAAAGUGAAAACCGAAGUCCGGGUGAGGCACACAAAAGUGUUGGACAGCAAGAGAUCUCAAAAUGUGGGCAUCAUAUCUCGAAGUUCCCAUGUGGACUUUUGCGAGAUCGAACAUGCCAUCUACCAUGUUGACACCUCGGUUGUGAGUCUAGAAACACUGCAGCAGAUAAUCAACAUCAAGGCUACCAAUGAGGAGUUGGAACUGAUAAAGGAGGCAGCUCAAAGUGAUAUCCCCCUGGACUAUCCCGAACAAUUCCUAUUGAAAAUCUCACAAAUAUCCAUGUCCACGGAACGCAUAUCCUGUAUUGUGUUUAUGGCCGAGUUUGAGGAGUGCGCCACAGUGAUCGAACGGAAGCUGGAAGUUGUUCUGCAUUUAUCGCAAUUCCUGAUGGAGAGUGAGGAGCUGAAGCUGUUGUUCGCCAUCAUCCUAACCCUGGGCAAUUACAUGAAUGGUGGCAAUCGCCAAAGAGGUCAAGCCGAUGGUUUCACGCUGGAGAUUUUGGGCAAACUCAAGGAUGUCAAAUCAAAAGAAUCGCAUACCACGCUACUGCAUUUCAUUGUGCGGACCUACAUCAGUCGCAAGCGAAAAGAAGGUGUACAGCUACUGGAAAUUCCAUUGCCCAUACCGGAACCGUCCGAUGUGGAGAGAGCUAGUCAGGUGGACUUUGAUGAGGUCAAGAGGCAAAUUUCAGAAUUGAAUCGACAACUUAAAUCGACCAAAGCCAUUACCGAAAAGGUCAUCUCAAAUUCUACUCCACAAAAUAUGGAACCAUUCAAAUCAAAAAUGGAAGAAUUCAUUGAACACGCAUCGAAGGUCGUUGACAAGCUGUAUAAGGAACUCGACGAUUGCAGGGAUAUGUUCCUGGAAACCAUGAAAUUCUAUCACUAUUCACCCAAAACUGGCACAAUCGAAUCGUGUACGCCCAAAACAUUUUUCGAAAACUGGACCAAUUUUACAAAUGAUUUUAAGGAUAUCAUGAAGAAGGAAAUUGCCGUAUUAUGGAAUGAAUUAUUGAAAAAAUCCAAGGAUGUUCAAUCGCGCAAAACUGUCAAAACUACAAAAGUGAAACCUGGAGGCCUCAAGGAACGUAUUUUACGUCUGAACAAAAAGUAAAAAAAGCUGUUGAUGUUAUUGCCCUACAAAAAUCGCCCACAUGCCGAUAUUACUAAAAUUAUUAUUACUAUUAUUAAUAAAUUUUAUCAAUUAGAUCUACACCUAGCAAGUAGUUAACGAACAACCUAAUUUUAAUAAUUAAUUGCCUUACAAUCAAAAUGAAGUGAACGGAAAUGCACACUUUUUUUGCAGUACCGAGUACUGACUACUGAACUGCGUUAUUAUUGUUUAAGUUUUUAUCUCUAUUUUGUCUAAAUUACAAAUUCUACUCGCUCGCAAAUAAGUUUAUAAAAAUAUUUAGAUAGAAAUUAUAA